GGGUCACUAUUAACCUGGUCUCGAGGGGUCGUUUUUUGUGAAAGACACGCUAAAAUGGGAGAGGAGAUCAAGACUUGUCUCAGCCUGUACAGAAGUUACAUUGAGAAAAUCCUUCGUCCCACUUAUCUGCUGGGGUACAUGGGAAAUUGGUUUCAAGACGAUGCCAUAGAACAAAUAAAGCAUGAAGAGCAGAAGGGGCCAACAACCGCUGCUGCCUUGUUCUUAGAGAAGUUGUUGACUCUGGACGCUGAAGGGUGGUACCAAGGCUUUUUGGAUGGACUGCAUGCCGCAGGUUAUACUGGUCUGUAUGAAGCCCUUCAGAGGUCAGAUUUUACUGAUAUUGAAUAUCUUGAUGAGGCAAGGAAACAUCUAAGCAUCAUUCAGAGUACAGUAACAAACAACAUCAAUCCUGAAGAAAUCCUGAGCCUUUUCCGUGACUGCCUUUUAAAUAGAGAGAUUGAGGAAAUUUUACAGGAAACUAGGCUUAAGGGACCCACUGCUGGAGCUGAGAAGUUUGUUGACUGUCUUCUUCGUUCAGAUAAAAAGGAAUGGCCAAAGGUCUUUUCUCUGGCCAUGGAACAGGAAGAUUGCAUGCCAGUCCUCGAAGUGUGGGCUAAAAAGAAAGACAAAGGGAAAGCAGCCAAGUCUGAAGAAGAAGAGGAGGGAGAAUCAAGUGCCUUUAAUUUUGUUCAGUAUGCAGAAGACCCUGAGCCCGGAAAGCCAUGUUUUUCAGCCCCUGUUGGCAUUGCCCAUGACAACAAGACAACUGCAGUUCCUGAAAUGAACAGUAUACUCCCUGGUGACACUCUUACACCACAUCCAAUAUUGACACUAAGGAAGUAUCAAGAAGAGCUGGCAAGACCAGCGUACAAUGGGAAGAAUACAAUUAUAUGUGCCCCAACAGGAUCAGGGAAGACAUUGGUUGCGCUUUCCAUUUGUGAGCAUCACCUAAAAUCCAAGCCAGAAGGUGAUCGGGGAAAAGUGGUGUUCAUGGCAACUAAAUUACCAGUUUACGAGCAGCAAAAGGACAUUUUCUGCAAAUACUUUGCUGGAACUGGGUAUAAAGUGGUGGGAUUUUGCGGCGAGUCACCAGAAAACCUUCCUAUUGGGUUGAUGAUAGAGAACAGUGACAUCAUUGUUUUGACUCCUCAGAUUCUCGUCAACUGUCUUCAAAAUGGUCGUGUGCCUUCCCUUUCCAUGUUUAGUUUGAUCAUUUUUGACGAAUGUCACAACACAACAGGAUCACACCCCUACAAUGUACUAAUGUUUGCGUACAUUGAUAUGAAGCUGAGCUCGCCCAACGCAAAACGCCCACAGAUAAUCGGGUUAACAGCAUCGGUGGGAACGGGAAAAUCCAAAUGUUUAGAUGAAGCUACAAGCUACGUCCUUAAACUGUGUGCCAGCCUUGAUGUUGAAGUUAUAUCUACAGUAGAGGAAAAUCUGGAAGAGUUAAAGUCAUUUGUAUACACGCCAGAAAAAUUAAUCCAAGAAACAGAACGUCGUGAAAACGAUCCUUUUUUGGAAAUAAUGUCAGGAAUAAUGGCAGAGACAGAAAAAAUGGCCAAAUCUGUUUUUCCAGAGCUCGAUUCUUUGUCCAAUAUCCAGAAAAAGACUUAUGGAACUCAGACCUAUGAACAAUGGAUCACUAAUACUCAAAACAGAUGUCGGAUAUUGCAAAUGGAGAACAAAAUGGAAGAGGCACGCAUCUGCAAAGCUCUGUUUACAUAUACUGAACAUCUACGGAAAUACAAUGACUCGAUCAUAAUCAAUGAAGAUGCCCGUACAAAGGAUGCCUUGGACUAUUUAAAAACAUUUUUUGAAAAUGUCAAAAAUGGAAGUUACAACCGUAUUGAGCAGUGCCUAACAAGGAACUUUGAAGCUAAAUUGCCUAGUUUGGAGAAAAUUUCAGCUGACAAUAUAAAUCCCAAGCUAGACGAGGUGCAGUUUAUCCUGAACGAGGCCUAUCAUGAAAGCCCAGAGACGCGGACGCUUUUAUUUGUCAAGACCAGGGCCUUGGUAUCGGCUCUAAAGAAGUGGAUUGAAGAGACCCCAACACUAUGCUUUUUGAAGCCAGAGGUACUGAUUGGUCGGAACAAAAGGAAUGAUAGCUUGGGCAUGACCUUACUCAAUCUGAAAGGUGCGCUGGAAACAUUCAAAUCUAGUGAGGAAAGCAAGCUGUUGAUAGCUACAUCCGUGGCUGAUGAAGGAAUAGAUAUCCCAGCUUGUAACCUUGUACUUCUGUACGAAUACGUGGGCAAUGUCACCAAGAUGAUACAAGUCAGAGGUCGUGGACGAGCAAAGGACAGCAAAUGCAUUUUAGUGACAUGCAAACGUGAUGAAGCAGAGAAGGAGAGGAACAACCUACUGCAUGAGACUCUGAUGACUAGGGCUGUAUUAAGACUACAGAAGCUGGAUAACAGGGAUUUCUUGAUUAAGAUUCAGCAAAUUCAAAAGGAAGAAAAAAAACAACGUGAUUUUAAAAAGAUUUUCAAGGGAUUAUCACUGUCUGAUGAAAAUAAGAGACUGCUAUGUGGAAAAUGCAAGAUAUUUGCAUGCAAUACAGAUGACAUCCGAGUCAUACAAGAGUCUCAUCACACAGUGAUCGAUAACAAAUUCAAAGAUCGGUAUACUACACAGCCACAUCCAAAGCCUCGAGGCUUUUCAGGCUAUACAAAGAAGUUUAAAAUAUUCUGUCGUAAUAAGGAAUGCAAGGAGGAUUGGGGAGUCUCUGGUACCUAUCAAAGCUUUCAGAAUAUCCCAUUGAUCAAAAUUGAGAAGUUUGUGGUUGAAAGCGAAAAUGGAAACCAAGAAUAUUUCUCCAAAUGGGUCAAGGUCGAUUUUAAAAUGAAGCAAUUUAGAAUAGAGGAAAUAUCAGAGGCAUUCUCUACUGCAUUAGAAUAAGCACUCUUCAUGAACAUCUACUGUCUUAAUGUACCAAAACUGGUAAUUUAAAAAAUAUAUAUCCCUAUUGUACAAAUGGGAUGCUCCACUUUUGAUAUGCAAAUGCUGUCAAACUGCUUAAAGUAUGUGGGUUUUCAUUCAUACGCAAAAAGAAAAUAUUUCAUGCUCCUUGAUCUUACCCUGGGUUAUAAAAGGGGCCACCCUCAAUGACCUUCUCCUGAAAGAAAUACUGCAAUGUCAUCAAAGGGUACACUUUCAGAGGAUUCAGACUUGCUUUAUCAGCAUCAUUUUGGCGGCCCAGUAGCUUGCCCAAUGAAAUAUUGUAUUUCUUUUCACUUAGGAGUUUGAAACCAAAACUGUCCUUCAACUUCUGUCAACUUCCACAGACUUCUUAAUAUAUAAAACACUGUGUAUAUUAUUUGUAAUCUUAAAUUAAAAAGAAAAAAAAAUACAA